AUUCAGUUGAUUUUGGCUACAAUGAUGAUUCUUGGUUCCAACACCCGCAUGCUCUCUUGUAUUCUAAACACCCCUUCACUUCUUCCUACACUCACUCUAAUUCUUUUUUUUCACCUAUAAAUCCCAACCACCCCUUAAUCCAUUCUCUCACUUAGCUUCAAUUCCACCUCAACACUCAAAAACAAACACCAUUAUGGCACUGUCUGGCUUUGAAGGCUUUGAGAAACGCUUGGAGCUCCAUUUCUUCACAACAACAACAACCUUCCAUUAUUUGGGUCUAAGAACCCUUGACUUUGAUCAAUGCAUAAACCAAACCCUCCAAGCCGUGCAAUGCACGGUGGUUUCCGCCGUCGGUAACUCCUUCUUCGACGCCUAUGUCCUCUCGGAAUCAAGCCUCUUCGUGUACCCAACGAAGAUCAUAAUCAAAACAUGCGGCACCACACAGCUGCUGAAAUCGAUUCAACCAUUGAUUUUCUAUGCUGACACCCAACUUGGGUUCACCCUGAGGUCGUGCCGUUACACGAGGGGAAGCUUCAUAUUCCCAAGCUCACAACCUUUCCCUCACACAAGCUUUAAGGACGAGGUGUCCUACUUGGAGGACACCCUCCCUCCAACGCUUCAUAACCGUAAAGCCUCCAUAAUGCCCUCUAAGUCCUCCUCACAUGCGUGGCACGUGUUCACUGCCACUUAUUACCAACAACCGCACAAGCCCUACACCUUGGAGAUCUGCAUGACGGAUCUUGACCCGAAUUCGGCCCGAAAAUUCUUCCGUCCUAGUAAUGACGGAAAAACCGGUGACUCCGCCGGAAGAGAAAUGACGGAGUUCACCGGGAUCGAUCAGAUCAACCAGGAGGCGCUCAUUUGCGACUUCGCGUUCGAUCCGUGCGGUUACUCCAUGAACGCCAUGCAUGGGGAGUGGUACUCUACCAUCCACGUCACUCCUGAAGACGGUUACAGCUACGCGAGUUUCGAGUGCGUGGGGUCCACCAAUAACGGAAUGGAGAUAGACGUGGCUCACGUUUUCAGGAAGGUCAUUCAGAUUUUCCGACCGGGUACUAUGUCCGUUUCGAUAACCUCCGCUGGCGGCGAUUUGCGGAGGAGGGUGGUGAGUGCGGUGGAGGCUAUGGGGUUCAAACGCAGAAGUUGCGCCACGGAUGAGUUCCCUGAAGCAGGUAGCGUUGUCUUUCAAACUUUCACGGCGAUUCGCCGGAAAAAGAAAGAGGUUAAUUAAUUUAGAGCUUAAUUAGUUGAAAGAAAAAUAGGGGUGGUGACGUGGCCUAAUGAUCGGUUAUUAUGGAUGAUGAAUAUUAUUGCGUUGACUUGUUUAGGAAGCUUUUUCUUUUUUUUAGGAUAAAUUCCUAGGUGUUAAUUAGAACAAGAAAAGAAAACUAAGGUGGUGGUGUUAUAUUUUAUUUAUAUUUAAUUUCUAACUCUGGGCUGAGGUUUGUGGAUUUUGUUACUUGUUUUUUUCAAUGUAAUAAGUGACACGUUUAAAUAUGAAUGAAGGAUAACAUCGUCACUAUUAUUAUUAAUCUCCUUAAUAUUUUUUUCCUUCAUUUAUUAGAGAGAUAUGGUAUGAAAAAAAAAAAGAAUUAAAGGGGUAGCUUAGUGAGGUUAGAGUGGAGGAGGUUGAGGAAUUGAAUGAUAUUCAUCAUCAUAAUGCACCCCACUUAGGGUUGUCACGCCUAAGAUUUUUGAAGAUGUGUGUGUAGUAGUGAGUGAGUGGGUGUAAAAGUGCUCUCGUCUUA